AAUCAAGACAAAAGCUUACAUCUACUUAUCUUCUUCUCUUCCUGCAACUUAGUGAAGUCUCUUCAGUCUUCACCAAACUCUAAAUCCUCUGAUUCUCGUAUAUCUAUAUAUAUACGCAAAAACCUAUACAUACACAAACACAUAUAUAUAGCCAUGGGAGAAGGAGAAGCAAAAGCAGAGCAUGCAGCAGCCAAAGCAGAACACAAAAAUGCUCCCUCCGCUUCUUCCACGCCGGAAUCUUACUCAAAAGAAGGCGGAGGGGGUGGCGGACACGCUCGCCGUGCAAUCUGCGGUGCGAUCUUCACCAUCCUCGUCUUACUAGGUAUCAUCGCUUUGAUCCUCUGGCUCGUCUACCGUCCACACAAACCACGUCUCACCGUCGUCGGAGCCGCCAUCUACGACCUCAACUUCACGGCGCCGCCGUUGAUCACAACCUCUGUUCAGUUCAGCGUUUUGGCGAGAAACCCUAACCGGAGAGUCGCCAUUUACUACGACAAGCUCUCCAUGUACGUGACGUACAAAAAUCAGAUCAUAACGCCGCCGCUUCCGCUUCCUCCGUUGCGUUUGGGACAUAAAUCUACGGUGGUGAUAGCUCCGGUGAUGGGCGGUAACGGUGUACCGGUUUCGCCGGAGGUGGCUAACGGUUUGAAGAGUGAUGAAGCUUACGGCGUCGUUUUGAUGAGGGUGGUGGUUUUAGGGAGGCUACGUUGGAAAGCUGGUGCGAUUAAGACUGGACGGUAUGGAUUUUAUGCCACGUGUGAUGUGUGGUUGAGAUUUACUCGAUCUUCUAACGGACAAGUUCCUCUUCUCGCUCCUUCAACUUGUAAAGUUGAUGCCUAAAAGUUUAGUUUUAUCUUAUAAAUGUGUUUUAUUUCUAUUAAUCAUUGUGUGUUUUUUUUGUUUAAGUUUGAAAUGUUGUUAAGAGAAAUUAGAAUUAUGUAAUCUUUUUUUUUUUUCUUUUUUUGCUUCUAAAAUGUUAGUGUUUGAGUCUCGUCGUCGUCUCGACUAAACUGUUGAGUCUGGUGUAAUAAUAAUAAAAUCAAUAGGCAUAAGCCAGAAAUUAUAAUUACAGUAUUUAUAACUCUAA